UUGUGAGGCAAUGGGGAGUGAGAGCAUAUCUCAUCAACGCCAUUAUGAUAUCUCUAUGUCAAAGAGAACAAGAAAGCCAGCCAAAAUCCGAGACGAGCUUCAAAAUCUUUCCUUGAACAAAGAUGAUCUUCUUCCUUCUCACCAAGUCGAGAGCCCUCCAACGAAAGGGUUCGAGAACAAUGACCAUAAAAGCUUGAAACAGCUCAUCACAGGCGAAGGAAAAGCGGAAACAAAGUCGGGAGCGGAUGAGGGUGGCCGAGGAAGGAGCUCUCUUGGCCAACACUUCAAUGAAGAUAAGAAUAAUCUUCAAAUGGUGAGAUCAAAGCAACAGCCAGAUGGGCUACAACGAGUGAAGCUGAAAAAAGUGGUUGGAAAAUUUCUGAGGAAUUUGAUAAAAGGUGGCGAUCAACACCACCUGAAGAAGCCAAGAAAAAAAUCCCUCCUUUGAUUCACAACAGAGAGUAAAUAUUCAUCGAAACUUCUCUACAAUUUGGUGAAAAUGGAGUUUUUUUUUUUUUAAUUUCACUACGCCAUUGAAGAAGAGGAUUAAGUUUCUUGGAAAUUGUAUAUGAAACUAUAUAUAUAUGUUUAUCUAUGUUGUUGUGUGAAUGCUUUUUUA